CACAAUGUUUCCGGUUGAAUUCUCCCAAACAAAGUUAUACAUUAAAUUAAUAUGUCUGUGACUCUUCAUACUGACCUUGGAGACAUAAAGAUUGAAUUGUUCUGUGAGAGCUGUCCAGUCACAUGUGAGAAUUUUUUAGCAUUAUGUGCAAGUGAUUACUACAACGGAUGUAUAUUCCACAGAAACAUUAAAGGAUUCAUGUUACAGACAGGUGAUCCAACAGGAACAGGUAAAGGUGGCAACAGUAUAUGGGGCCAGAAAUUUGAAGAUGAACUCAGAGAUAAUCUAAAACACAAUGUGAGGGGAGUAGUUUCCAUGGCAAACAAUGGGCCAGAUUCUAAUGGUUCACAGUUUUUUUUCUCAUAUGCCAAACAGCCACAUCUAGAUAUGAAGUAUACAGUAUUUGGAAAAGUAAUUGAUGGUUUUGACACAUUAGAUGAAUUUGAAAAGCAAUCAGUAGAUGAAAAGACCUACAAACCUUUAAAUGAGAGUAGAAUUCAGGAUAUUACUGUACAUGCUAACCCUAUAGCAGGAUGAGCAAGGCUGGUCAAGAAGUACUGGACUAUUACUAAUGUAAAUUACUGAUUGACUCAUGGAGGUGUGAUUCUGUGAUACCUGAUUAUAAGUCAGCAAUACUCCUGCAGAACAGUAGCUUACAGAAGUUGUUGUGAUAAGACACAUUAAUUGCAUUGAUAUCAACAUAUAUAUCAGUUUACACUGAAAAUUAAAAUGUUCUAAAGCCAUGAUAACAAUUUUAUAUCAGUAUGGAAAAUUAAAC